AUGAACCUAGUGACGAACUUACGGAACCGUGAGUGGGGUCGCGGUUUCUUAAACCAGUACGAUGCACCCCUGUGCCGGUUGGUGGUGCACGAACGAGACAGCUGGAAGGGUAUCACGCCGUCCACCUUCUCGGCCGACUACAACCCAUCACCACCGAUCCUGGCAGCCAAAUUUUCAAAGUGCGUUGGAAAGGAACACAUACUGGCGAUAGCGAAUGAGGAUGGCAAAAUUGCACUGCAGGACACAAACCUUACGAACCAAGAACCGGGUGGUGAACGGGCACUGGAAGGCAUGCAGUGCCACUACAAUGCCGUGUUCGAUAUUGAGUGGAUGCCGCGCGAUAUGAAGCUGGUUACGGCUUCGGGUGAUCACACGGCAACACUUUGGGCACUGACCGAAUCACAGCUGGUUAGCUUGCAAAUGUUCCGCGGACAUUCGCGUUCCGUCAAAACGGUCGCUUUCCGUCGUGAUGAUUCGGCCGUGUUUGCCACGGGCGGUCGGGAUGGUGCGAUACUGAUCUGGGACAUAAGGGCACAGGUCGGGCUGGAUAUGACACCGCGCGCGGAUAACUGUAUCUUUAGUGGGCAUGCCGGUGGACCGGGCACACCGUCCUCGCACCGUAAGCGAACCCGCCAAACGCCAAAGAUUCCGGCACAAGGGUGUAGCAGUAGCAUUACCGGGUUAGCGUUUCAGGACGGAAAUACGCUCAUUUCGUGCGGUGCCGGUGAUGGUGUGGUGAAGGUUUGGGAUACGCGGCGCCAUUACACCACCCACCAGAGGGAACCGAUGCCAAAGCAUUGCUUCAACUAUGCCGGCACGACAACGCUGAAAGGUUUCACCAAUCUCGUCCUUGAUGACCGGCGGCACCGGCUGUACGUGAACUGUAUGGACAAUCACAUCUACUGCUACAACAUAUCGUCGUACGAUAGUAAGCCGUUGCAACGGUACGGUGGAUUUAACAAUGGAACGUUUUACGUUAAAGCUGCCCUUAGCCCGGACGGACAGUAUCUAAUAAGUGGUUCGAGCGACGAGCGCUGCUACAUCUGGAACGUGGACAAUCCGAAUCCGCUGGUCAAACUGUCAGGCCACUCGGCGGAAGUGACCAGUGUCGCGUGGAUGCAGAGCAAUCGCGAUGUGCGCAUCGUAACAUGCAGUGACGAUGCCCGCCAUAAGGUAUGGCGUAUCGGUCAGGAGGACAUGGAUUCGGACGAGAUGCAGCAGCUGCGCGGUAAGGCCGAAUAUUGUGACUCCUAUCGGUCGGAUCAUGCUGAGAAGGUUCGCCUGAAGACGCUUCAAUUCACGCCCAAAACCGUACGUGGACUUAUACUGCGCAAUGAAACGACACCCAGCACACAGGAAGAUGUCAAUCGUACACCGAAAGCAUCCGGUGCGGCGUUUAAAAUCGCUACCGACGUUUCUUUAAGUGCCGGUACGAGCACUUCCGAGCGAGCAGCGAAACGAUCAUUCAGCGAUAUGGCUGAAAAGGCUGGUGAACGUCCACCGGGGAAGCGAUCUCUGCGAGAGGAAGGCCGUGGCCGUCGAUUGUUUAGUCCGGCCAACUCCAAAACUCCGUACAGCUUUAAAGCGCUUGAAAUUGCAUCCUGUUCCUCCACGUCGCGAAGUCUCAACGUAAUACUGGAAGCGUCCGAAGAGCUAACCGUCGGGCUGUCACCCUGUAAAUCACCUCUAGCCACCGCAGACCUUAACAUACGCUCACCGGACAAUCCGCUAGCGCAACGGUGCCCAUCUCCUACGUUAAAUCUAACCUUACCCAACUAUGUGCUCGAUGGCGAAGCACCGCAUCUGGUGAACGUACUGGCCGCUUCCGGUGGUAGUGACCGAUCACCAUUCUCAACCAGCUCAGCAUACGGUGAAGGUACCUCCAGCACGAUCGGUGGCGGUGCCGCAAAACGAAAGCUUAAGGAACACAUAGACUGGCUGACCAAGAUCCGGAAGCAGAAAUUGCUACAGGCGGCUAAAGGCAUCGAAAACAGUUACGGUACGGCGUUGGAAAAAUCGACCGCAGCACAGCAGCUUCUUUCGCCACGACUUCGCGAGUUGAAAUCGUGUGACGAGGGAGCUAGUAGCGGCGGCAGCGAUAGCAAUCAUCAUCAAGAGCAUACUAUUGCUGGCAGUAGUGCCGAAACACCGACCACGCCUCGGCGCCGUUCCUCGUGGGCAUUGAGCAGUACAAGCAGUCCGCACGAGAGUGGCGACGAAGCGAGUCAGCGAGGAGUUGGAGUUGGUGGUGGUGGUACAACAAGGACAACGCCAAAAAGUCGCCGAUAUUCGAUAAAUGGCAUGCGAGUUACACCGGAAUCAUCAACCUCGAUAAGACGAUUCCUCACGGUGACGACACCCACCAGCCGGACAAAUGCGCAAGCCUCUAGCUAA